UGUGAAGCUGUUUCAGUGUCUACAAGUGAUGUGCCCCUAUAACGGGGUUGUUUGUGGUUGCAUAUGCACACACACAUACACACACCCAGCACUUUCCAGCUGAAUUCACUGCUAACUGUGUGAACAGGGUUUAAUUGUCCUAAAGAGUGAUUUUAGCUGUCUAUGGCAUUUUUGUUUCAUUUGGAAAAGAAUGGCUUGUCAGUGUCCCUUGGUGCUUUUAUAGAAGACUUUUAGUGAACCCUCGCUGCAGGUAAUAGCAGCAGCGGAGGCUGAGAUAACUGGGGGUUAAGGGGUUAAAACAAUGGAUGUGGUGACUUACUCUCAGUUGAAAAACAUGCUGUCAAAGCAUGACAUUCAACUUUUUGACGUGAGGAACCCAGAUGAAUACCAGGCUGGUAACAUUCCACAGGCCGUCAACAUCCCACUGGACACCCUGGAGGAUUCUCUAAAACUGGACCCUGAGCUCUUUGAGCAGAAUUUUAAAGUGAGAGCUCCUGGGAAAGACGACGACAACAUAGUGUUUCAUUGUAGAAGUGGUAAGAGGAGCUUCACAGCGCUGAGCAUUGCCCAUCAGCAGGGAUUCAGCAGGGCAAGACACUAUAAAGGAGGAUACUCUGACUGGGUUGAGCAACAAGGAAAAUGAAUCCAGGCUGAAUUCUGCUACGUUUUCCCAUAUUUUUUAUUAAUGUGAUGCUAAUGCAGAAUGCCAAAAUAUACACAAUAUAUUAUUUGGCAGCUUAUUCAUACACACAAUGCAUAUUAUUUAGCUGUUACGAAUUGUUUUAAGUUACAAUAAAAACUGCCUGUUGCUUUAAGUUUUAAUUUUAACAUUGUGUUACUUAGAGGUAAAUGCCACAAGUGUCCUUUAUAUUUUGAGUAAAACAUAGCAUGUAUUACUAGCUGGUUAACUUGAAACUGUUUUCUGUUAAUAAAAAUAAAGGGAAAUUGAACAUUU